UUUACCGCUUGCCUAAGGUAAACAUUUGUUUUCAGUUUCGGCUAGUGUUUUAUACUAAACUUAGUUCAAAGUUAAAAUAUUUUUGGACCCCAGACGGUAAGUUCAGUAUGAGUCUAUUAAGGGAAUAUAUCAGAUUGUGGUUAUUAAAAUUUUUGGCGCGGAGAAAUCAGUUUGGCUAGGCCUAUCUGUCGGGUGACACUACACAUGACUGUCCUCUCCAUCUUAAAUUUAAAAAUAUGAAUUCCGGAAGAUACUAUGUCCUUAAAUUAUCACUUCGCCUCCUGUCCCAAACAUUGUUUAAAGGUUUCGCCCAUUUCAAAAUGACAUGGGUUUUCUAGAACCAGGUUUUUCUAAAACUAUUUGUUAGAUCUAGUAUUUAUCAUAAAGGAAAUGUUUGUCAUGUCACAAGAAUGCACAGGCACCCACGUUAGCACGUACCAUAUGGCUCAAAUCAGAUGGUGGAUUGUACAUACCGUAACGAUUCUAGCCGCCACAGUGUUAGACUUGAAUUAUUUAAAUGAACUGUGACACAUUCUCUAUUUGGAAAUCAUUUUUUUUCCGGAUGAUACAGUAGGUUAUAUGUAUCAGGGACAUCUUGAUAAAGACUCGACUUGUCACUCCCAGUAAUGUGUAGUUUCCUGUGUGAAUUAGAUGCAGUUUACUGCCAUCAAAAUCUUAAGAACAGCUGAUCUGGUUUUACCAAACUGAUAAAGAGGCUUCUUCAUGUUAUGAUGUUUUAAUUGAAAAAGCUGGACCAGGGAUAGUGGAGAAGAAUGCUACAAUAGGCGCUCAUUGGAUAAGAUAACAGGGUUUUGAGACCCCCCCCCCCCCCUUCAUCAUGGGGACAAAGGUACAGGCCCUGCAGCAGUGGUGCAAAAAGCAGACAGAGGGGUACCGUGAUGUGAAUGUAGUCAACAUGACAUCUUCCUGGAAAAAUGGUCUGGCUUUCUGUGCCAUCAUUCAUCGAUAUCGCCCAGACCUCAUUGACUAUGAUGCUCUCUCUAAAGAAAAUGUCCUGGAGAAUAAUACCUUGGCAUUUGAAGUGGCAGAUAGGGAAUUGGGUAUUCCAGCACUACUGGAUGCGCCUGAUAUGGUGGCCAUUAGAGUUCCUGACAAACUUAGCGUGGUGACUUAUGUCUCCCAGUAUUACAACUACUUCCACAACAAGCCAUCAUUGGGUGGACCAGGAGUGAAAAAGUCUGUGAAGAGGCAGCAGGAACCAGACAAGUCUGGACCAACAGCCAAGCGUCAGACUCUGACCGCAGUAAAUGACCCCUUGAUCAAACAAAGACAAGUGUCUAUGGGAGAUAAUUGUGGAAUAUGUAACAACAAAGUCUAUUUACUGGAGAGACAUAUUGAAAAUGGGAAGCUUUAUCACAGAACUUGUUUUCGAAAAAAUGAGGUUUCUCCAUCCUCCAAAAAGCUCCCAAAAACUGACUCGGGUCAACACGUAUCUAAAGAUGAAGAGAAACCAGACUUCUGGAGGAGGAGGACUGAUGCCAAAAAAAAUGAACAAAUUAAAAGAGAAGAAACAAAAAGAGCGGAGGAACUGGAAGACAAACAGGAGACAGUAAAAACAAAUAAAGCCAAGUCUCAAAAUUUUACAGAAAUUGGUAAAGAUGAAAACAAGUCUAAACUCAAUGUAGUCUCACAAAGGCAAGAUGAAAAAAUGGAUAUUUCCUCUCCAUAUAUUGAUCCCAAAGUUGAAACAAAGGCUGGCUCUAAUUCCAACAGACCUGUAUCUAAAGCUGGAAAUCUAAUGUCACCCAGAGAUACUAUUAAUACAUAUGAUAACAAUUCAAAGGAAUCGGAUAAACGUAUAUCUGUGCCAAAAUUCGAGUUCAGGAGUAAAAUUGUUUCAACUGCCCCAAAGGCAUGUAUUGUGUCCAAGAUUGAUACAGACAAUUCAGAACUACAACCGACAAUGAGACAUUCUGCUCCACCAAAGCCAUCUCGACUAAGUGAAUCUCCACAACUUCUGAAGUCAACACAUCCACACCUUGAUGGAUCAGAAUCUCCCCCUCCUUUGCCUAAAGAUUUGCAACCACACUUGCCUGCAACUUCCAAGAAAGAUUCCCGAGUUACAGAGAAUUCAACUGUGUCACCAUCAUCUGUUAAAUCUUCAGCAUUUGGUGAAAAAUCUUCAAAACAAGACAGACUCUCUGAACUAUUGGAGAAAGACAGUCAAAACAGCCAGGGUAUACAUGAGGAUGUUUCUUCUAAAAGUAGGGUCUCUGAACCCUUUACUAGUGGCAGUACAAAACAGGAAUUCCGUGCCUUAAAAAACCCAGAAACUUCCAAAUUACAGGGUGUGAGUGAUGUUUCAACAAAGACAAAUGGCACCUCUGAGCCAGUAGCAGUACUAGUGAGUCCAGUGAGUCCUGAACCACAUGAUCCAAAAGUCUUGGGUGGAUUAUUAAAACAGCUGGCAAACGUUCGUCAAAAGAAGGAUUCUAAGGCUGAGGUAAAUAAACGAGUGACCUCCCCAAAGCUUGCAGAUGAACAGAGUAAAAAUUCAGAAUGGAAGUCUGAUAAAACAGCAAGUAACAACAGAAAGGAAUUGAAGAGUCUAGAAUCUAAAGAAGCGACUAGAGAGCCUGUGACAAGAGCAGAUAAGGCCAAAUCAGUGGAUUUUCUCAGUCAGAAAAAAUCAUUAAGUGAUAAAAGAGAAUCUGAUGAACCGAGACUGACAUUCCCAAUAAAGACAGACGACAGUGACAAGGAACCAGCUUGGAAGAAAGCAUUGGCAGACCAAAAGAAAAAGAAAGAAGAAAAAAGAAAGUCUGCAGAUUUGCUUUCAGACAAAAAGAGUGCAAGUGAUACAAGACGUGUAGUUUCCAUGGAUAUGAUGAAAGAUAAAGAUGAAAAACCAGCAUGGCAAAUUGAGGUUGAAAAGCGGAAGGCAGCUCAACAAGGUGGAUUUGUGGAUCCAGAGAAAUUGAAACUUGAACAAGGUUUUAAAUUCAAAACAAAAGAUAGUUCUUCAGAGGAUUCCAUCAAAACAGAAGUUACAAAACGUCACAUUAUCCCAGGAGUACCUCCAGAGGUCAAAUCAACUUCAGAAAAAAUAUCUGAGCCAGAGAAAAAGAAAAUUUCUGUUGGAAAAAGGUUUGAAUUCAAGUUGGAGGAUAAUGAAAAGAAGAAAAUCACAGACAAGCCCCCACGACCUCCUCCAAUGAGUCCCCCAUUGGGCCAAAAUUUCCAUCAUGGACUCUCUCCUGCUGUUUCCAAUAAACUAGCUUCCACCAAGAAAAGCCCAGCACCUACACCUCCAAGGCCAGCCAUGCCCAGAUCAGAGAUCAAAACCUUUGGAGAUAUGAAGAGGUUGUCACCACAAGAAAUCCAACAGCAGCUAGCUGAUAUCGACGCCAGCUUGACAGACCUUGAAACCAGGGGCAGACAACUGGAGGAGUCCAUCAGAAAGGAUGACGGUGAAGAUGAUGAUGAAGGGUUAAUGAUAGAGUGGUUCAAACUUGUCAAUGACAAGAAUGAUCUUAUUCGAACAGAGGGGGAUCUCAUGUACAUAUCUAAAGCACAAGAACUUGAGGACGAGCAACACAGCAUAGACAGACAACUUCGAGAACUCCUCAGUAAACCAGACAACACGAAGACAGAAGAGGACAAACACCAGGAGGAGGCACUUCUGCAACGCCUAGUGGACGUGGUCAAUCAGAGAAGUGUGAUUGUGGACUCUCAGGACGAGGACCGCAUCAGAUAUGAGGAGGAAGAUCGUGAUAUAGCUGAAAUUUUAGCAACGAAAGAGUUCUGCAAGAAAACACCACCAGAAAAUUCCACAGAGAAGAUAAAAGAUUCUAAAGAAGAUAAAAGAGCAGAGAAGAAAAAGAAAAAGAAAAAUAAGAAAGACAAAAAAUGAAGGAGAUGAACUGUGUUCAGAAUAGGAAAGCUGAUGUCAGCUGAUAUAAGUGAUUGCUUAUGUUUUCCAUUGAUUAGGUCACCUGAGUCGCUCAGAUGACCUGCUGCUAUUGGUCUGCAUCUUUAAUCAUGCAUCGCCCUUUUUGCAUUAACAAUUGAAUAUUUUUAACUUCUUCUUGAUAGCUACCAUUCCAAUUCUUUUGAAAUUUGCUAUGAAGUGUCUUUGGGACAAGGGGGACAUAAAUUGUAAAUUUCAAGAUCUUGCAUCCCUGGGGUCGUAGGGGCAGGGCAAGACAAAAUCUGCUGAAAAUUGACCAAUUUUCUAAAAUCUUCUAUACAACCACACAUCUGUAAGAAAAACUAAUGCAUUGUCAUGUAGAGCAGAAAUACCUCUACCAGAAUGGUAAAUUUCAUGAUCCUUAGGGUAGAGGUUCUGACUACAGGGCAGGGCUAAACUUGGUAUUAUAGUGUUUAUAUGUCUAAAACAUUUAAAUAAAAUCUUCAUUAAUGUUACGGAUACUAAAUUGAAACUAGAUGGAUAUUUAGAAGGAGCAGAUAGCCCUUUAUCAAAAUUGUAAGUUUCAUGAUUCCAAGGGUAGGGGUUUUGAUUCCAGGAUGGGGCCAAAAUUAUCAGAGUGAUUAUUGUCUUUAUCAUUUGAAAGACUUCUUUAAUUUUGCUGAUGCUGUAUAUAAACUACAGUGUAAAUGCAUAUUUAGGAAAAGAAAUAAAAGGGAGGUACCAAAAUUGUGAAUUUCACAGCCCCAGGGUUCUGAUUCUAAGGUGGGUCCAAAAUAGUUGUAGAGUGAUAAUAUAACAUAUAUUAUGUGAAGUCUUUCAUCAGUAUGGGAACUUUUCGGGGCAUUUAUGUUAUAAGAACACAUCUUCUUUUAUACUCUGCUGAAUAUAAGAAUUUUGCUUAGAUAUGCAGCACAGGAAAAUUAUUAUAGAUUUCAUAGCCUUUGAGGCUAGUGAUACUUUUAACUAUUACUCAGGUGACCAAUAAGGCCUGUGGGCCUCUUGUUUAAUUUUCAAAAGAAAACAACAAAAUGUUUGUGUUUUUAUUCUACAUAUUUUAAUCUUUGAAAAGGAAAGAAAUAUUUUCAUGCCAUUGUAUCACUCGGAAGAAAUGUUCUGUAUUUCUGAUAUAUAUACAUGUAUGCCAUAUCAUUGGAAUGAUUGAAUUCCGACAUCUAAAACAUUCCACGUCUCCCUCACUAGUCAAGGUGCAUUCCUUAACAGGUCUAUUCAGCCUCUGUAGUCGGACGGUAGCCACUGUUUUGUAAAUGCGUACUACGAUUGUCAUGGGAAUUAUAUUUUGUCGUAUCAUUGUUUACAUAUCAUAAUGAUGUGAAAUGUCGUAUGGACAGAGAGUCUUUAGCACUUGUAAACUUUAUUUUUUUUAAAAUAUUAGUAAGUACUUCAUGAAUUCUGUGAGUUAUGUUUUGGAAAUGCUGUUUUUAUUGAGAGCAAAUAUUUCUUUUGAGAAACAUUUUUCUUAUUAUUACAUGUUUAUAUGAAUUUUUGUGAUGAAAAAUUGAAAUAUUCAUUUUUUUAAAUUAUAAAACUUGUAUACAGUGACUUUAUCUUUUAGUUUUAUCUAGAUAGGGGGGGGGGGGGGGGGUUAGAUCAUUUUGAGAAAGGUAAUCAAGCAUAUUAUACCUCAAAAUGAAAGUAAAAAUAGCAGGAGAUCCCCAUGUAAGUGAAAACACCAGUACAUAUCUUAAUAUCAACGACAUGUGGCGAUUUUGAAUCCCAUGUCUAGCAUUUUAACAAUCUGUCAUUUCUGCUAGCACAGUAGAAAUUAGCUGAUGUGCAUUAUAUUCAUACACAUUUACAUUCACUACAUUUUCUCUCUAACUUUCUAACUAACUGAAACAAAAGGGGCUAACAUGUCAUAAGCCAUGUAAACUUUCAACUUUUGAAUUAGGCUAAUCAUUGCAUAUGAAUACACUUGACCUAAUCUAUAUACAUGUAUAUAGGCGAUUUACUACACUGGUUUCUUAUCAAUGCCUGCAUAUGUAUAAUAGUGUUUAUACACCACUGAUAGCUUUAAAUGAUUUAUUCUAGACUUAUUUAUUAUAAUGCUUUCAUGUCUCUUUUAUUCCCUCUUACUUACAUUUUUGUAUUGUAAUGAUUAUUUUGUAUUAUAAUGAUUAUUUUGCUGUUUUGGUAGUAUUUGUUUACUGGGCUGUUUAGUUCAUUGUUUGUACAGAGUGUAUUGACCCUUUUCAACUAGGUCAUUUCACAUUCUUAUUUUGUAAUUUUUCUGUACUGUGUCGUCAGUUUAUGAGAAUCAGUACAUUGAAUGAAUUGAUUUUGGAAGAUAGAAUCCGAAAACAGAGGCCGUCUAAACCUGUGUUAUAAUAUGCUAUCUAUAGUAAUUUUGUAUAUUAUAUAUUAAAUAUAUUCUAUAUCAUA